AUGCCACUGCCAUAUGCCCGUUGCGAAAACUAUGUUGAAAACGUUAUACCUUUAUAUAUAGAUAAAGAAUUCCAAAUGCAUUUUCAUAAAAUAAAACGGAGUACUUUCCAAUUUUUAUUAGAGUUGCUAAGACCCAAACUCAGCAAACAGAGCAAAAGAUUUGGCAGAGAACCAAUUUUACCUGAGAAACAACUACUUAUUGCAAUAUGGACAUUGGCUACACCAAAUUUAUAUAGAUGUAUUUCAGACAGAUUUAAUGUAGGUAAAGGCACUGCAUGA